AGGAUUUGAAUAUCUCAAACAUGGCCACUCCCACUUUAGUUUUCACAAGCUCCGACGGCACUGACAUCACUGUCGACCGUGAUGUCGCCGAACGCUCGGUGCUCAUCAAGAAUAUGCUCGAAGACUUGGGCGAAACUGGAGAGCCCAUCCCCAUCCCCAACGUCAACGAAGCCGUUUUGAAGAAGGUUAUUGAAUGGUGCACCCAUCAUAAGAACGACCCUCCCAGCACCGGCGAUGACGAUGACUCCCGCCGUAAAACCACGGAUAUUGACGAGUGGGAUCAGAAGUUCAUGCAGGUUGACCAGGAGAUGCUUUUUGAAAUAAUUUUGGCCGCCAACUACCUUGACAUCAAGGGACUACUUGAUGUCGGCUGCAAGACCGUUGCGAAUAUGAUCAAGGGCAAGUCUCCUGAGGAGAUUCGAAAGACCUUCAAUAUUCAGAACGAUUUUACACCCGAGGAGGAAGAUCAGAUUCGUCGCGAGAAUGAAUGGGCUGAGGACCGCUAAAUACGCCGCUGGCCGAUGUUAGACUUGCCUUACUCUUGGAAUUCUACCCAAGUUUCAUGAUCUGUUCCAGGAGGUUAGCAGCUCUCCAUAAUCUUUCAGCUUGAGUUUCAUCUGGUCCAUUGGUCUUUUCUACUCUAUGGCGUUAGGAAUUUUAUAUCACCAUCGCUUUUCUUUUCAAUUAGCUGGUUUUGCUUUGUUGAAGGCUGGGGUUAGACGUAGGCAGUUUGACACCCGGACUACCCACUGAAUGUGGGGUGGUGAGGGAGCUGUUGUAGCAAAAAUAAUACCAUUAUUUACGGCCCACGGGUAUGCGGUCAGGGCUUUCGAUAA